AAACUAGUUCAACUGCAAACGAAAACUUGCUUCAGAAAACUAUUUGAAAUAACGAUUUUAGAAGCUUCCUUACAAACUCAUCUCAAACUCAUUUGAAAUUAUUUUCUAUCAUUUCGAAUAUUAUUCCGCUAAUAAAAAAUAAGAAAAUGCGAAUUCAACUGUUAUUAAUCGCUGUGUGUCUGUGUUUGGUUCAAUCAAUCAAGUUAACAUCAAAUGGAAAAGAAGAGGAUAAUUUACAACCUUUUGAAAAAUGUUGUAAUUUUGCAUUUCGACUUUAUAAAACAAUUGCGAGAAAGUUUAUAGGAAACAUUGCACUUGCACCAUUCAGUGCCUACGAUUCUUUGUCAUUAUUAUUUUACGGAUCUGGUGGAAAUACUGCAAAACAAAUUCACGAAGUUUUAAAUAUUAAUUCCAAUGAUUUAUCGAAUCAUAAGACUCUCACUAAAUCACUCACUGAGGAUGCAUCUUUUAAUUUUAUCCAAGUACUUUAUAUACCUGAUAAAGUAGACAUAGUUCCAAUUUUCAAAGAAUUAUCAAACACCACAUUUAUAACUCAACAAGAAUCAUUAAAUUUUGAUCAACCAGAGGAAGCGAUUUCGGUUAUUAAUAAAUAUUUUGCAGAAAGAAACUUGAAAAGAGAUUUGCCUUAUGAAUCCGAUACAUUUUUGCCUCAACAUUCGGACAUGUUUAUUCGAAACUCGAUUCAAUUUAGUGCCCAAUUUCUAUAUCCGUUCAAUGAACGAUACACAGAACAGAGACCUUUUUGUCGAAGUCGAAACAGUGAAAAAUUAGUGUCAACAAUGUUUACUCGCGGACGAUUUCGCGGUAUUGUUGUUCCACCAACUAAUCGCUAUCUGGAUAGUUUUAGAAUUAUUGAAAUUCCUUACAAGAACAGAGAAUACAGUAUGUUAAUUUAUUAUCCAUUGAAUUCGUAUAAAUUAGUUGAAUUAGAGCAACGUUUGGACACACUUGAUAUUCGUGCCAUUUUUAAUAGUAGAGAAGAAGAUAUUGAACUUUAUUUGCCUAAAUUUACUAUUCAAAAUGAACAGCGUCUAAAGUUAACAUUGACUGAGAUGGGUAUAACCGAUGCAUUCAGUGAGAAAGCCGAUUUCAUCGGAAUUUCCAAAAAACCAUUAAGACUUGAUGAAAUUUACGUUAGGACACAUUUUUCAUUAAACGAAAAUGGUAUAAAUGCUGAAGUAUCAAACAACGUGGGAGGGCAUCCUGUAUUUGCAACUGCUCUUCCAUAUACAAAACCACUUACGAUUGAGAUAAACAGACCGUUUAUGUUCACAGUUGUGAAAAAAGGAAAAGAUGACAUUUUGUGCCUUUUUAAUGGAAGAGUCUAUAAUCCCUAAGUAUUGACAAAAUUUUUCCACUAAAUAUAUUUAUUAUUAACCAUAAGAAAUUUAACUACAAAAUUUGAAAUAACCUAAUUUUAUACACAAUUACAUCUACGAAAUUUAUAUUUAUAUUGUCUACAAUUAUGUAUGCCAUAAUUGAUUAUAAUAAUAAUAAUAAUUAUAAGUAUACCAAAUAA